GUUUUACUUCCAUGAGAAUUCAUGGUCAUAAGUGAACUCAAGAAAGCCUAUAUGAGUUUUUGUUUUCUUUUGCUGAGAAUAAGGGCAGCAUACCAAAUAAAGAGAAAAUCAAAGAUUGUUUCUAUACAGUUCUACAUUAUUGUCCCCAAACUUCAGUUUGUAUGUGGCUUAUAAAUUUAUCUUUCUUUGGAGCAGGUACUAAUAUAUAUAUAUGUAUAUAUUAUACACCAGUAGGCAUUUUUUUUUCUAGUUUGCCUCUGCACAAACAUGCUUUUCAGAUUUUUGACUGAAUGGUUGAUUCAUGUUAUUUUGAAAAACCCUGACAUGGGUGGCGCCUGUGGCUCAGUGAGUAGUACGCUGGCCCCACAUACAUAGGGUGGCGGGUUCAAACCCGGCCCCAGCCAAACUGCAACAAAAAAUAGCCAGGUGUUAUGGUAGGUGCCUAUAGUCCCAGCUACUCCUGAGGCUGAGGCAAGAGAAUCACCUAAGCCCAAGCUGGAAGUUGCUGAGCCCCUGAGCUGUGAUGUCACGGCACUCUACCAAGAGCAACAAAGUGAGACUCUGUCUCUGAAAAAAAAAAAAAAAAAGAAAGAAAAAGCAAACCCUGACAUAGAAUUGAAGGAUAUGGAUUGUGCAGUUUUGUAUUUCACAGGGAUACUUAGAAUGACUUUAUUCUAAGAUGGUUUUACAGUCAUUCAGCUGCUUUUAAAGUGAAGUCAUCCACUUUAAUUCAGUGCUUAGAUUCUCGCAGCACUGGCUUAUACAGGACAUGAAGGCAGAAGUUAAUUCUCAGCUCAGCACCUGUAGUUCAGUGGUGAGGGUUCCAGCCACAUACACCAGGGCUGGUGGGUUCCAACCUGGCCUGGGGCUGCUAAACAACGAUGACAACAACAACAACAAAUAGCCAGGUGUUGUGGUGGGCGCCUGUAGUCCCAGCUACGUGGGAGAAUGAGGCAAAAGAAUCACUUGGGCCCAGGAGUUUGAAGUUGCUGUGAGCUCUGAUGCCAUGGCACUCUACCGAGGGUGACAUGGUGAGACUCUGUCUCAAAAAAAAAGAAAUUAAUUCUCCCUGUUCUUCUGUUUGCAUAUCUAUAUUAAGAUCUGCUAUUUUAAAAUAGAACUAUUGUAUAAUGUGAUUUAAGGAGAGAGUCUUACAUUGAAAACUACAUUAUAUCUGAGUUGAAACCUUACAUUAAGUAUAUGUCUUUUAAAAGAUAUUUUAAAAAAGGAAAAAAAUGUGCUCUUGGUAACUUAUAGUUAUGUAAAUGGCCUGUGUUCAGAUUCUGAACAAAGAUAUUUUAGGGAAAGUAAUGCUAUAGGUGACUUGUAGCUUGACUGUACUUUCUGAUCCUAUCAGGUUACCUGCCCUCUGCUAUCAAGCACUGUGCUCAGGUUGUACUUGCUGUGAGAUAUGUUUUUGGUGAUGUAAUUUAUUAGACAGGCUCUUUCUGUGGCUUUAGAUAUUUCAUAACAGAACGUGUUCUAAGAAUACAAUAGUACCCCUGUAUGGUUGGUUUUGCUUUCCACAGUGAUAGUUACCUUAAAUGAACUGUGUUCUGAAAAUAUUACAGUAUUUUGAGAGAGAGACCACAUUCACAUAACUUUUAUCUACCCUGUUUCCCCGAAAAUAAGACUUCCUCUGAAAAUAAGACCUACUUACAGGAAAGAUAAGACGUCCCCUGAAAAUAAAACCUAGCGCAUCUUUGGGAGCACACCUUAAAAUAAGACACUGUCUUAUUUUCGGGGAAACAGGGUAGUACAUGGCUAUAAUUGUUCUUUUAUUAUUAGCUAUUGUUAAUUUCUUACUGUGCCUAAUUUAUAGAUUGCCCAUCAUGGCUAUGUAACUUUAAAAAAAUCAUAGUAUAUAUCUAUAGGGUUCAGUACUAUCCGCAGUAUCAGUACCUUGGGGGUAAGGGAGGACUGCUGUAUUAUUAGCAUCAGCAGUGAUUAUUAUAAAUUAGAAUCUCUGUGACAUCUAACUGAAAACAACCAGGAGAGUUGUUUGGACAUGAAUGUGUUUAUAAAGGAUUUCAAUAUUUUAUUUUGGUAACUCAGUAUCUCUAAUUUGAUAUUUUCCCAUAAAGGAAGAGUUAAGCUAUAUCCUGGCUAGAGUAAUUGCUAUUUCAUAAAGAAAAGUAACUUAUUAUGCAAUUUUGAUGUAUUUUUUAAAAUGGUAUCAAGUUUAGCAUUCAGGAAAACAGACCUCACAGUGUUUACUCCUCAUUCAUUGAACAAAUAUUUUUUCAAUGCUUUCUAGAUGCAGGCACCACUUUAAGCAGUUCAGUAGUAACAAAACACAUGCCUCCUGGGGACUUUUAUUCUGGCUGUAAUGUAUUAGUGUGUAGAAAUGGAAAAUUCAUUGUUAGAUUUCUACAGUAGUGUGCUCCUCUGCAUCUUGUCAUUUUCAAAGAAAUAGUUCCAUUCCAGCUGUCCUGUCCAGUUUGAGAGCCACAAGCCACCAGUGGCUACUGAACACUUGAAAUGUGGCUGAUUGAAACUGACAUGUGCUGUAAAUAUGAAAUACACCCUGGAUUUCAAGGAAUUCGUACCAAAAGUAUCACUUCUGGGGCCCAGUAGCUAACUGGGGUCUGCCUGUUGCUGCCAUCAAUGACAUGAACAAAUCUCCAGAGAUUAUCAGUGGGCGGAUGACAUUUGCCCUCUGUUGCUAUUCUUUGAUAUUUAUGAGAUUUGCCUACAAGGUGCAGCCUCGAAACUGGCUUCUGUUUGCAUGCCAUGCAACAAAUGAAGUAGCCCAGGUCAUCCAGGGAGGACGGCUUAUCAAAUAUGAGAUGACUAAAAAGGCAUCUGCCUAACAAGGGAAAUGAAGAACCCACUUUUAAAGGGACAGCAUCACCAGCCACUGCUGCUGAGUCACAGAUUCCAUCAUCACAGUCUUGCUAGGGAAAAUAAUGCUGAAUGCUAUUUUUACUAACCAUACUAUUUUUAUAGAGAUAGCCGAGAGUCUGUAAACUAACUCUCUGCUGCCUUACUGAAUAUUUUACUUCUCUUCAUAAAGAGUAGCUCAAAAUAUGCAAUUAAUUUAGUAACUUCUGAUGAUGGUUUUAUCUGCAGUAAUAUGUAUAUUAUCUAUUAAAAUGUACUCAGUGAAAAACUGAAGAGAACAAAAUUUGUAACUACUAGCAAUUAAGUUCUCAGAACUCUUGACUUUUUCUUUAAUGACAGCAAGACAACCAAGAGCUGGCCACAACCUAAAUUCUUAUCCCCGGUGUUUAAAAAUGUUAUCUGUGUAUUUCCAUGCAGUGUGUAUAUUGAGAUGCUGUAACUUAAUGGCAAUAAAUGAUUUAAAUAUUUGUUAAA